AUGCCGAUGACCCCGAUCUCCAUGACGCGACCCUACGGGAUCGCGGCGGGCUCCCCAUCGCUUCUCAGCAACCGGCCACAUGUCCUGUGGCCCGGUCAAGGAAGAAGAAGCCGAGGAGGGGGAAGCAGAUGCCGGUGCAGCCGACGUUCAGUCCGGUGUUCCAGCCGGCGUCAAGCCCUGUCCAGCCGGCGUCAAGCCCUGAUACCUAGUUACUACAGUAAUGUAGUAGACAUUUACCAGAGGGAAUUUCUGGCUCUUAGAGACCGUCUCCACUCUGCCGAACAAGAGAACCUUAAACGCUCCAAAGAGCUCAAUCUGGUGCUGGAUGAGAUCAAGCGAGCCAUCGCUGAGAAACAAGCAUUGCGGGACAUCAACCGUACCUGGAGCAGUCUGUCGGAUGAGACCAAGCUAAAGUUGUGGAAUGUGACCAGCAGUAAGAAUAUUCUGCAGCUUCCCAGCAUCUUCCAUCAUCUGCCACACCUACUUGCCAAGGAGACCAGCCUUCAGCCAGCUGUGCACAUCGGCCAGGGCCGCACAGGAGUGUCAAUAGUGAUGGGUGUGCCCAGUGUAAAGAGGGAGGUGCAUUCCUACCUGGCGGAUACACUGAAUUCGCUGAUGUCAGAGUUAAGUCCAACUGAGAAAGAGGACUCAGUCAUCAUUGUCUUCAUUGCAGAGGUAAGAACCCUCUAAGUAUUCUUAAAGAUACACAGUAUGAAUUCAUUUGUAUUUGACCCCAGGGAACACACAUACUAAUAAAAAAUGUUUAUCUGCUCUGAAAGUUUAUUUCAAUAAAAGUGUGAGCCAAAUGCAUGAAUGUAUUUACAUAAUAAACGUAUUAUUACAUAUAUUUUGAGACAUAU